GUGCGGUUCGACAGCGACGCCCCGAAUCCAAGGGAAGAGCCUCGGGCGCCUUGGAUGCAGCAGCCGUGGCUGGAGCAGGAGGACCUGGGGUAUUGGGACCGGAACACGCAGGUCUGCAGGAGCCACGCACAGGCUUUCCGAGUGGGCCUGCAGACCCUGCGCGGCUACUACAACCAGAGCCGGGACGGGUCUCACACCCUCCAGAGGAUGUAUGGCUGCGACCUGGGACCCGACGGGCGCCUCCUCCGCGGAUACAUGCAAUAUGCCUACGACGGCACCGACUACAUCGCCCUGAACGAGGACCUGACCUCCUGGACCGCGGCCGACAUGGCGGCUCAGAUCACCAAGCGCAAGUGGGAGGCGGCCCGUGUGGCAGAGGAUUACAGGAGCUACGUGGAGGGGGAGUGUGUGAAGUGGCUCCGCAUUUACCUGGACAAAGGGAAGGAGACCCUGCAGCGCGCAGGUACCAGGGGCCCUGGGGCCGCCCCCUCUUCCCGGGGCUGGGGCUCAUACAAGGAGACAGGACAGGGGGUCAGUGUCAGACACUCCUCCUUGGGUCAGGGAGGGAGACCCCUGGAUGUCAGGUCAGGUACAAGAGGGACCCCUUCCUCUCAGGGACAGUUAGGGGUGCAGGCUCUCCUGGGGUGCAGGGAGACCCCCUGAAAUAGCCCAUCAGCGGUUCCCAUGGGCCCUGCAGGGGCUCUGGGACCCACGGAGACCGUCUCUCUCAGGCCUUGUGCGCUGCCCACACCCACUGUGUCUGAGGCCUCACCCCAGCUUUUCUGAGUCACAAGA